UACUCUCGCCUCGCACCCAUACACCUCCGGCGACUCCUCCUCUUCCUCCCCUCGUCCACGUACACGGAUAUCCUCGCACUCGCACACACCGUCUCCGUAGCCGCAACCUUCUUCUUCUAAUUCUAAUACUUCUUCAGCUGUUUUCUGUUUCUUCGGGUAUCAAGCGUGCGUGUGUCUCCAGGAUCCCCCACCUUCGAUCCGACUUCACCAGCUGAUCACCAUCAUCAUCAACGCCAGACAGGAUGGCCGCAUCCCUGAUGUUCCGAAGGAUUAAUGUGGCUUUGGCCAACCUCGAGAGGACCCUCGUCGAACUGCUGAACCCCAGAGGACCGCCACCAGAUGCGUUUUGCUUGGUGGGUGUUGAAGGUUACAGAGUAUCAGGAAAUGAGCCUAAACCUUUCUCUAUCAAAGACAUAAUCGGCGAUGGUCUGUUAUGGGCUGUGCCCAAGCACCGUCGCUCCUUGGAGAAACGUCUGAAGAGGAAAUUUGGAGAUCCCGAGUACGUGAAUAAACUGAUCUUACCGAAGACCACUCUGAGGGUCUGCAAUACCUGUGGAGAUGAUCACGAAGUCGGCGUUUUGUGCCCCACGUGCUACAAGAAGGUCAUCGAGGAGACUAAACUGAUGCAGGACAAGAUCCAAGAAGAACUUAAGUUGGAACCAGUUGAGACUGAAGUCGUGGUGUUGUAUAACGGUGAAAAGGACGAUAAACCUUCAGAAUUCUGGCAAGGAAAACGGAUUGUCGAGAUGGAAAAGGAACGUCCAUCGUGGUUCAGCAAGAACCUCACGCAGCAGACGACCCAACAGCCGGCAACCACGAGCGAUGUGAAACCAUCGCAGCUCGGUUAAGAAAAAAAAUAAGUUUAAUCGUAAAAUGGAUUUAGUCAAAUAAAGUGUGAAAAUAAAUAGUAUUAUUGCCAA